ACCAACUGCAACUCAUCCCAAAGUUUGUUCCUACAACUCUUUCUUUUGCUUCCAUCUAAGCUAAUUAACUAACCCCCUUCAUUUACUAAGCAAACAAUUGACAAUGAAGAGAGAAUCAAAACUUGUGCUUGUGACAAUGCUAGUGCUUAUGCUUCUUGCUGAAGCACACAUCUCAGUUGCUGCAACAUGUAGCCCAGUUCAGCUGAGCCCUUGCCUAGGUGCUAUCAGAUCAUCAUCACCACCAUCAAAACUCUGCUGCAGCAAAAUCAAGCAACAAAAGCCUUGUCUUUGCCAAUACCUCAAGAACCCAACUCUGAAGAAGUAUGUCAAUUCCCCUGGUGCCAAGAAAGUCGCUCGAUCUUGUGGGGUUCCAUACCCCAAGUGUUAAAAACACUAAAAUGAUCAUAUACUAUAUAUGUCACGAGAAUCUAUCUGCAAUAUCUCUCUGUUUUAUCUACUUUAUGCCAAUUUUAGUACUCUCUGUCUACACCAGUUUUAUACUAGGUGUUCUACUGUUUACAUAAAUAAUAAAGUACUAAGUAGUAGUAUUUAUCUCAUCUUGUCCAUGUAAUCUUGGCUGCGAUUUACUUGGAAUGCAGACGUAUUAUGAUAA